AUGGGCUCCAGCAUCUCCCGCAAGCGGUUCUUCCGGGAGCUGACGGAGCUGAAGACCUACGCCAACUACUCCACCUGCGACCGCAGCAACCUGGCCGACUGGCUGGCCGGCGUCGACCCCAAGUUCCGCCAGUACACCUACAACCUGGUCACCUGCGGCAUCGACCGCCACGUCCUCCACCGCGUGACGGAGCAGCAGCUGCAGGACGACUGCCGCAUCGGCCUGGGCUUCCACCGCGUCCGCAUCCUCUCCGCCGCGCGGGAGAUGCUUCACUCGCCUCUGCCAUGCAACAGCCGGAAGUCCGCCUUGGACGGCACGGACGUCUUCAUCAGCUACCGACGGCGCACCGGAUCCCAGCUGGCCAG